GACUAGCUUAUCUUUGCUUCUGUGUAGCUGCAAUUGACCUGUGUUUGUCCCCUAGUCACCCCCAGGUUACCCCCCAGUCACCCCCGAAUGUCUUCUGCAUUUUCGCCCGAUGAGACAUGGAUCGAAGUCGAUGCACAGCCGUAUCCACUCAACGAUGAGGAGCUGUUAGCCAGCGACGCUCUCUCCUUUGCCUCCUCCUUGUCCUCAUCCGUCAAGAAGUACCGUUUCGAGAAUGGCCGUCGCUACCAUGCCUACCGGGAGGGCGAAUAUCCCUUCCCCAACGACGACGCCGAGCAGGACCGCCUCGACAUGGUCCACUACAUAUUCCGCAUGGUCUCGCGGGGGCGUCUGUACCACGCGCCCCUCCGCGAGCCUGUCGGACGCAUCCUCGAUCUCGGGACCGGCACGGGGAUCUGGGCGAUCGAUAUUGCCGACGAGAUGCCGCAGGCCAGUGUGCUGGGCAAUGAUCUGAGUCCGAUUCAGCCCACUUGUGUGCCCCCGAACCUCGAAUUCGUCGUCGACGACAUCGAAGCCGUCUGGCCGUACGCGACAACCGAGGUCUUCGACUUCAUCCACCAGCGCAACCUGGUCGGCUCCAUCUCCGACUGGGACCACCUCUUCGCGCAGGCGCACCGGCAUCUCCGCCCCGGCGGCUACUACGAGAUCCAGGAGUUUCGCGUCGACUUCCAGUCGCAGGCCGCCGGGGGGUUGCCCGAGGACUCGAGCCUGGCGCGCUGGCAGCGGCAGCUCCGGGACGCGUCCCGCCGGUUUGGCAAGCCAUUGAAUGUCGUCCAGACGCUGGCGGACACGCUGCGCCGGCAGGGGUUCGUGGAUGUCACGGAGCAGAUCCGCAAAGUGCCGAUCGGGACGUGGGCGCGCGACGAGGCGCUCAAGCGGAUGGGAAUUCUGAUGCAGGACCAUGCGAUUGAGUCGGUCGAGCCGCUGACUAUGGCGCUCUUCACGCGCGUGCUGGGCUGGUCGGAGGGGGAUUGUCGCGCGGUAGUGAAGGAGGUGCAGGCGGAAUUUACGACUCGGCCGCAGUUGUUUGUGUAUAUGCAUUUCAUUUAUGGGCGCAGGGCGUGAUGUGGUGGGUAGCGUAGCGUUUGCUGGCGUUGUUGGCGUCUCGAGAGAAAAUUGGAUUGGUAUCCAAUUUUUUUGAUAUCGAAGUAUGGAGCAGAGUAUUCUUGCGCGAGACAAGACUCAUCUUACCCACAAUCAUGCAAUGAGACUUGAACCUCGAGCAUAACAGACCGGAACACUGCCACAUGGUUCCGGGUCUUGUGGACUACCUACAAUUGAUCUCAG